AUGGGCCAGCCAGAUUUGAAUGAGAAGGAUGAGAGGGGUCUGCAGUCCGUGUCUUCGUUCCGCCCUGGAGCGACGAGUGGUGUACUAGAAGACUAUGCAGACCCUGAUGUCCAGAAUGAAGCCGAAUCGACUCACAAGGGAGAGUUUGGCACGAAGCGUGACCUUAAACCUCGCCAGGUUUCCAUGAUUGCUGUCGCAGGAACUAUUGGUACUGGUCUUUUUCUAGGUUCUGGCGCUGCAUUGGUUAAUGGCGGGCCUGUGGGAUUCUUCCUUGGCUACACCAUUGUCGGCUGCUUGGUUGGCAUGAUGAUGUACUGUCUGGGUGAAAUGUCCGUCUAUUCACCAAACAUUGGCGGUUUCAUCGAGAUGGGCAACAAGUACAUCGCUCCCGAAGCUGGGUUCGCGAUGGGCAUCAACUACAUCCUGCAGACUGGCCUGGCUAUCCCCACAGAGAUUACAGCUACUGCCGUCAUGAUCAGCUACUGGGAUCAUGUCUCAGAUCACGUAUCGGCAUAUAUCGCGGCCUUUCUGGUGCUGAGCAUCGGCAUCAAUCUCCUCGGUGUCAAAUACUUUGGCGAGAUUGAGUUUGUAUUCGCCUGUAUGAAGGUAUUAAUGCUUGUCGCCCUCAUACUAUUCGGCUUGAUAGCCGAUGUUGGCGGUGUCAAUGGUGUAUACACUGGCGGUCGCUACUGGCGAGAUGAGCCAUUCAAUGACUCGUUUGCAAACUUGUCACCAGUCUCCCUCUCACGUUUCCUCGGAUUCUGGAAAGUCCUUACUCAAGCUGCUUUUGCGUUUGGUGGUAUUGAAGGUAUAAGUGUGCUGGCCGGCGAGGCGCACAACCCCAGGAAGACGAUGAGAAGGGCAGUUAGAACAGUCUUCUACCGAAUUGUUGGACUGUACCUCCUCACUGUAUUGAUGAUCUCUCUCAAUGUCAGCCAACAUUCGCCAGCGUUGCUCAGUGCAGUCGCCCAGGGUGGUUCCACGGCAGCAUCAUCGCCUUUCGUUGUCAUCUGUCAGCAAACCGGCGUUAAAGUUCUCCCAAGUGUUAUUAACGCUGUGGUUAUGACGUCUGCACUCUCAUCAUGUAACGAAAACGUCUUCGCCGUAGCGAGAACGUUGCUCGCGCUAUCUCGACAAAGAUCUAUGCCUCAUUGCUUUCUCAAGACAAGUCGCUUUGGCACACCCUUUUGGGGCGUUCUGGUCUCUUUCUGCUUUGGACUAUUGGCUUUCCUCUCCGUCUCCAAUGGCUCUGCCCAAGCUUUUAUCUGGCUUUCAAACUUGUCAGCUCUCAGCAGUUUGAUUGCAUGGAUCUCCAUCUGUGCCUGCUUCGUCAGAUUUUAUCGUGCCCUGGCAGUUCAGGGUAUUGACAGAAGAAACCUUGAUCUCCGCGGCUGGUUCCAACCAUAUAUGGCUUGGAUUUGCAUCGUCCUCUUCACAAUUAUCCUGUUCUUCAAUGGGUUCCAGGCUUUUAUUCACAAAUUUUCGGUGUCCGGCUUUUUCGCUUCCUAUGUAACGCUGCCAGUGGUUGCUUUGGCAUUCUUUGGGUUCCGUAUCUACCUGUGGCGGACUGGAAAGGCAUAUGGGUUGACUAAUCUCAAUGAGAUUAAUCUUGGCAAUGGGCCAGCCAAGGCCCUGCGUGGUACUCGGUAUGAUCUUGGGUCGUCAUGA